ACGGGAUAGCUUGUCUCAGGAUAUUUUACGGGAUAAAUGGUCACAGGAUAUCUCCGCGGAUAGGUAAGAGUACCAGUUUACAUUUCAACUAUCACCAGCUGUUGCCAGAGUUUCCAAAGUACUAAAAAUAUAUCAAAACAUCACGUGACUACUUCCGUCAUGACAGAGCAGGCCCCCUGACAUGCGACGUAUGAGCCUGCGCAAAAAUCGACACGUGUUCGCUUCAGUGAUGGCGACCUUCAGCUUCAAGACUUGCCGGAACCCCGCGGCGGUUUGCGUUUGUUUCGUGGACCUUGUGUGGCUGUUCGUCAACCAUCUGUUCAACACCAAGCUGAGACGAGUGCUGCUAUUGGCUGGUUUGUUUAGCGUGGUCACGUGGUGGUCGGUGAGCAGAGGCGGGAUCAGAGAAACGGGAGAAUACUCCCGAUGGCACCCUAAGGAUCUACCCCGCCCUAAGACCAACGCCCAGGUCUUCCUCCCCCUCAGGGACCAAGACACCUUCAUGUACUCCGCCAUCGCCAACACCCACCAACCAGAAAACGGCGCCAUCAACAUCGUCAUCACCACCCUGGACGCCGGCCGGGCGUUUCUCGACUGCUGCGUACUGCUCGACAACAACACGCUCUUCGUGACUUCCGCCGAGGAGUACUUCUUCUACCACACCAUCGACGUCACCUUCGUGGCCAAGAUCAGCGAGUACUUCUCCCCGGGGGUGUACCUGGCCCGGCAGUACGUCUGCUCCGUCCCGGAUAUCGGUCAGUCCCCCGGUCACGUGACGCUAAAACCCCAAGGCGGUGUCUGUUCCAGUGAUAUAAAGGAUUAUCUCCCUGUUGUUUACCCCGCUGUUGUUCCAGGUGGAUUAGCCAUCUGCGCUAAGAUAGCCCAUAGCGGUGGCCUUGACCCUGAGAAGGUUAUUGAGUGGUUUGAGGUGCAGAGGUUGCUAGGGGUGGAUAAGGUGUUGAUGUUUAACAUGAAGAACCCCGAGAACCUGACGAGGGUGUUCCAGUAUUAUCAGGAGCUGGGCGUUCUUGACCUUCAGCCGUACGAGUUGCCUGGCAACCCGGCGAAUAGGACGUUGAUGGAGAGGGACAAGAGGACGACGCAGUUUCACCAUGAUGAAUCCUUGGCGGUACUUGAGUGUCGGCAAAGAAUGGCAGGCUAUUCAUACGUCAUGAGUCAUGAUGUGGACGAGUUCAUUAUUCCUAGGAGGGAUAUCAGCUUAAAGGAAUUUUU